AAGUUCUGAUUCUGAGAUGUGCUGUCUGUGGCGGAUCAUCAUUCUACCAAGUAGUCCUAUGAUAAUAUCCACGCUUAUAAACACAGGCUCGCUACAGUUUUUGUUAUUUGUUGUCGCAAACAUUAUGAGUUUUAUGAGAACAUUUGAGUUAAUUCUAUAAGUAUGAGGGUGGAGGUUGUGCAAUUUAUUUUUUACUUUUGAAGGGGAGGGUCAUAUGUUAAAUGCUGGGGAUAAGGGUGCAUUUUAUUUUAUCUCCCCCAGUACAUUUCGAACUGCCCCUAAUAAUACACAAUGUGCACACAUUCUGCAAGUCGAAUGUGUGGUGAAUGUGGCGAAUGUGGUGAAGGGGUAUUUCUCUCCAGUGCGCAGCGCGUUCGCUCGCUUUCGUUUCCCGUGAGAUACCAAUACACGCUGAGAGCGCACCGCAGGAUCAUUUUUUUUGUCUACUAAAACAGAGGGUCUCGCUACUUACUGGCAGUCGCGGUUUUCACAGCAGCCCAGGCGAGCACAGUAGCUGCUGGAAGACUAGACCGUGUCUGUAGCUACCCUGCCGCAUUCACAAGCUCCCUGGCCGGGGAAAGUGACAGCAUGGUGGUGGCCAAGGAUUACCAGUAUUACCUCGUCGUGAAGAGGGCGAACUGCUCUCCGGAGGUGCAGACAGUCAGCAGCAACAUCCAUCCGGCUAAAGAAGUGGAGGAGCCCAGUAACAAGCGGGUGAAGCCCCUGUCCCGUGUCACCUCGCUGGCCAACCUCAUACCUCCAGUCAAGACUGCGCCUCUGAAGCGCAUAGGACAAACACUGCAGCGUUCCAUCAGCUUCCGCAGUGAGAGUCGGACCGAGACGCUCAUGCCUCCUCGACCAUGGACGCGGCCGGCCCCGCCUGCCAACACCAAGCGGCGAGACAGCAAGCUGUGGAGCGAGACCUUUGACGUGCGGCUCGGACACCAGAUGCUGUCCUCUAAGGAAAUCAAACGCCAGGAGGCCAUCUUUGAGCUUUCUCAGGGCGAGCGGGAUCUCAUUGAGGAUUUGAAGCUGGCCAAGAAGGCGUACCAUGACCCCAUGCUGAAGCUGUCCAUUAUGACAGAGCGUGAACUCACCCAGAUCUUCGGAACCCUGGACUCCCUCAUUCCGUUGCAUGAAGAUCUACUGAGUCGACUGCGAGAGGCCAGGAAACCAGACGGCUCUACAGAAACUGUGGGACACAUUCUAGUGGACUGGUUACCAUGCCUGGACUCCUACAACUCAUACUGCAGUAACCAGGUGGCAGCCAAAGCUCUGCUGGACCAUAAGAAGCAGGACCACCGGGUGCAUGACUUCCUGCAGCGCUGCCUGGAGUCGCCCUUUAGCAGGAAGCUGGACCUGUGGAACUUCCUGGAUAUACCCAGGAGCCGGCUGGUCAAAUACCCUCUGCUGCUCAGGGAGAUCCUCAAACACACACCUAACGACCAUCCGGACCGUCAACACCUGGAUGAGGCAAUCAACAUGAUCCAGAGCAUCGUGGCUGAGAUCAACACCCAGACGGGCGAGUCAGAGUGUCGUUUCUACAAGGAGCGCCUCCUCUACCUGGAAGACAGCCAGAGAGACCUGCUCAUUGACAGCUCCCGCAUCCUCAGCUGUCACGGGGAACUGAAGAACAACAGGGGUGCUAAGCUGCAUGUGUUCCUGUUCCAGGACGUGCUGGUCAUCACUAGAGCCAUCACCCACAGCGAGCAGCUGCACUACCAGCUGUACCGCCAGCCUAUCCCCGUCAGAGAGCUGCAGUGGGAGGACCUGCAGGACGGGGAGAUCCGUCUGGGGGGCUCCAUCAGAGGGGCCUUCAGCAACAAUGAGAGGACCAAAAACUUCUUCAGAGUGUCGUUUCAUAGUGGCGGCCAGCUCCAGUCCCACUCGUUCCAAGCCAGCGAUGCCUUCAACAAACAGCAGUGGCUCAACUGCAUCCGCCAGGCCAAAGGAGCCGCUGAGUCGGCCGUGGGGGUGGGGAUUCCUGUAGGGGUGGGAACCAGUAGCAGUGACCCAGACCCCCGUCCAAGCCUACUCAGCCCCCAGAGACCUCUGAGUCCUACAACACCUCCCCUCUCAGGAGCACUGGCCCCCCAGCCAGAGAGCAUGGACCACAGUGACAGUGACUCGUCUGUAGACUCUCCAGAUUGUAGCAUGGACAUGGACACGACCGAGGCUUCUGACUCCACCACAGGCUGGCCUGGCUCAGCCCAGAUGGACUUAACAGACUCUAGUAGCAGCAGCAGGCCAGCAGAAGUGUGACCACUGGGGUGUCAAGGCUACACCUGGGCAGUAUUGGUGGUAACAUGGCGAUGUUCUUUAUAUACGGAAGGGAGGCAACACAGUGGGUGGAUAUUGUAGAGCACUUCUUUUCUCUACCCCUUUUUUUCAUUUGUUGUUUUUCUCUUAACUUUCUUUCUAUGAGACAGUGGUGUAGUCUAUAGCAGUGGUAUCCAUGUGUCUUAGCUGUGACUGGCAGGUCUACUAUGGAUGUCUACAUGGAGAGGAAGGCAGCCAUGACUGGGACCUCAGGACAGUAUUGUUGUUGUUGCUCCUGCUCUGUCUCUUGACCUCUGCUGUGGGCGGAGUCCUCCUGCCCUACAGACAGCUUCCUCUCAUCACCUUCUCACCACAACUAGAAACACUGCCAUCACCCCUUAUCCCACUGCACUACUACUGUGGUCUCACAGAGCGAAGAGAAUACAUGGAUGAUAUUCUUUUUAUAUACAUAGAAUAUAUUGUAUGUAGAAAUCUAGAGAACCUGUUGUGUUUGCAAUAAUUGACCCAGUCAAAAUGACCAGAAGAAUGUUUUCAAAGACAAUCAAUAUGAUGAUAUGUUGUUGUUGUUAGGACUUGACAUGGGGUUAGAGUUUAUUUUGUUAAGGAUGGGUUACAACAGUGUUAAUGGGGCAGAGUUGUUUGCUACAGAUUCUUCCCACAUCUUGGCCAGAACUAUGAUGUUCCAGAACUACAAUGUUCCAGAACUACGAUGUUCCAGAACUACAAUGUUCCAGAACUACGGCGUUCCAGAACUACGGCGUUCCAGAACUACGGCGUUCCAGAACUACGGCGUUCCAGAACUAUGGCGUUCCAGAACUAUGAUGUUCCAGAACUAUGGCGUUGCAGAACUAUGGCGUUGCAGAACUAUGGCGUUCCAGAGGUCAGCAAUUGGCAUCUAGAACUGGCCUCUUGGUAAUGUAACCUAGUAUAAACACAUCACUCAGAGGGGAGAGCUGUUAUUAUUGGUGGGUCAAGCUGGUUUGAUUAAUCUAUUGGGUGUUUAUUUUUUAUAUCCUGUCUAAAGUUCAAUUCUGCAUUGGUGGGAAAGGGCUCAUAAGUAAGCAUUCACAGUAGUCUACACCUGUUGUAUUCUGCGCAUGUGACAUUUAAUUUUAAUUGAAUAUGAGUUUGAAAAAAAUGAUAGGACCACCUAUUUCUCCACAAGUAGGAAGUGGGAACAGAAGCAUUUUACAGCACGUAAACAGCCCUUCCUGGAGGAAGCAAGAUUCUCAGUGGUGUUAAGAGUCAAUGUCUUACAGAGAAGCUUUGUAUUAAAAACAGUAUUAAAUUAAUUACUUUUAGUGUGUUUUAGUAUUGUCAGGUUUUUAAUCACCCAAAAAGUUCUUUACUCACUGGACGUUUGUGUAAAAAGCGAUGCUGAGACUUUUGUAUUGUUUAAAGAAGUAGUCGCAUGUGUCAUAUAGGUAAACUCAGACCAGUCCCCUGUCCUGGGUGCUCUCGGUGUUGAGACUGGUAAACUAGGACUGCUAAAUCGUUGCCAAAAUGUGUACGUGUUGGGUAAUUAUAAUCUUGUGGAAGUUUACUUGUGGGGCCUCAUGUUCUCUUUCAUUUGUACAGAAUGUCACGUGUUAAAAAAUGAAUCAGUUUGACCAAGUAAUCACUAAAAGAAAUAUCCAAAAUACAGUAUAUUAUUUUGUUCUUUUGUUUUUUAAAGAAAUGUAUUGAAAUGUAUUCUUUAGGAUGUCUAUUUAUAGUAAUUUUUUUCUAUGAAUUAAUGUUAUAUGCUUUUGUUUGGUUCAUGCUGGAGACUAGAGGUGAGAAUUAUGGUUGUACAGGGAGAUAUGGGAAGGGCCUAAGGAACUAGACUGGAAAAGAAGGGUUUCAGAACUAGCUACUUAUGUGGCUGUGGGCUAUGUAAACCUUCAGACACAUGCACUUGAAAGGUAAAGAGACUAUAUUGAAAUAUGAUAUAUGAACUGACUGAAAAAGAUUGACAUGAACAUGUAUAACCAAAUGGAAUUUAGACUGCACCAAAUAAAAGAUAUGAACCAA